ACGUUUCGUGAGAAAAGUUGCUUCUUAUCGUCGAUAGUGAUAACUUUGGUGCGAUAGUUGACAGACCUCAGUGCUCGAGACAUCAAGAUAUCGUCAUUCUUUGGACCUCGAGGAAAGGAAUCUCUCUCACACACGGCAAAAUGACUUCCAGCAUGAUCGUCAUCCUGCUGACGCUGGUAAGCUGCUGCGCGGCGUUCCCAGUGAGGCCCGAAGGCAACCUGGGUCCGAUCGUCGGAGUCCUGAUCCAACAACCGGCUGGACUCGACGGCGGACCUCGAGAAUCGUCCCCGAUAGCUUACGCCGUACUGUUGGACGACUCGGAGAUGCCGGAAGCCGCUCCUGGCGCUGCACUCGUCGAGAAACGCGACGUACAAGAAGAGGAACCGGAGGAUCUGGAAACCGCGGCUGGCACUUACGCUCUUCGACCUCUGUUCGUCUACAGGCAACAGCUGGCGUACAGGGAACGGGUCAGGGAGGCUAACCGCCGCGGUAAUCGAUUCUGAGUCAUCGAUGACACCUGGCUGUCGUUGACAACCUUGCUAGAAUGGACAGCGAUUUGGAUACCAAAGAAAAUCACACCUCUUCCAGAAAAAGUCUCCUCGACGAAUUAAAAGAGUCAAACCUGAUCCAAGAAUCGGGAGCUUCGGGAUUCUCAAGGAAUCUUGGGAAUCUCGAAGGAGGGACACUGACGCGAGAUGUUUUUUGUAUCUCUUCCUAUUCCAACGAUACUUGUGGAAGGAUCCACUCCAGAGGUUCUAGAACUCCGGGUUUCUAGAGCUUCAAGGUGCGCAUAAUUUCGAUAAAGGAUCCACCUGGCCAUCGUAUACUGCCUGAAACACCCCCCGACUUUCAUCCAGCCGCCAUCAAUCUCGACAUCGACUAGAAACUCAAGUUCUUCGCUGCAUCCCCAAAUUUGUUGAACCGAAACUUGGAUCGCGAGCAGGAAUGCAAACGUUACCAUCUUCGGCUGCGUUCUGCGAGGAGGAUUGCGUUCAAAGACGGAAGUAGUCCAACUGUUGGAGAAGGCUGUGUCACUUAGUGUCUCGUUAGAGAACGAGUACAAGUAUCGAAGCUGUUAAUUGGACGAGCAACGAGUCUACGUGACGCACGGGAACGACGUCGAUCCUACAGCAAAACAAAGACACAUACAGCAAAAAUUUCUCUCAACUACACCUAAACAUCAACCGCGCGACAGGGCGCAACUCUGUACCACUCUGUAUCAUCAUUUUCGACUAGAUUUUGUAUCGUUACCAGAACAUUGUAUGGAU